AUGCAAACAUCUCAGAAACAUCAGAGUGCAGCUGGACUUCACAUGCUGUAUCCCCAAGUACACUGCUCAUCUCAGUUUCAAAUGAUAGACAACAACAACAACGGCUUCUCUAAUACUCCAUCCAAAGAAAGCUUCUUCACCCUCGAAUCAUCCACUGCUUCUGGUACUCUUCCUUCCUAUGACUCCCCUUCUGUGAGCAUCACAUCUGGCAGGAGCCCGUUUUCUCCUCAAGGCUCUAACUCAUGCAUCUCUGAUCCACAUCCUUCCCCUGAAAACGUGUAUGGAUCUCCCUUGAGCGCCGCGUCUUCCUAUGUCUAUGACGAAGCCGGUGUCAAGAGUAAGAUUCGUGAGCUUGAGGACUCGCUGCUUAGUGGUGACACCAAAGUUGAAGAAUACUCAGGCUUCAGCCCAGCUGCUGGGAAGUCAUGGAACUGGGACGAGCUCUUGGCUUUGACUCCACAGCUGGACUUGAAAGAAGUGCUAAUGGAGGGAGCCAGGGCUGUUGCUGACGGGGAUUUCGCUACAGCGUGUGGUUUCAUUGACGUCUUGGAACAGAUGGUGUCGGUCUCAGGCACUCCGGUCCAACGCCUAGGUGCUUACAUGGCUGAAGGGCUUAGAGCGAGGCUUGAAGGGUCUGGUGGGAAUAUAUACAGAGCCUUGAAGUGCAAUGAACCAACGGGAAGGGAACUGAUGUCUUACAUGGGAGUUCUCUAUGAGAUUUGCCCUUACUGGAAGUUCGCCUACACAGCUGCAAACGCUGCUAUCUUGGAAGCAACGGCUGGUGAGAACAGAAUCCACGUGAUUGAUUUCCAAAUCGCGCAAGGAUCACAGUACAUGUUUCUUAUUCAUGAGCUUGCUAAACGUCCUGGUGGGCCACCGUUGCUGCGUGUUACCGGCGUGGACGAUACACAGUCUAGAUAUGCACGUGGUGGAGGACUCGGUUUGGUGGGUGAGAAGCUCGCAGAUAUGGCGCGGUCAUGCGGUGUGCCGUUUGAGUUUCACGAUGCGGUCAUGUCAGGGUGCAAGGUCCACAGGGAACACUUAGGUGUGGAGCCUGGCUUUGCUGUCGUUGUGAACUUCCCGUACGUGUUGCACCACAUGCCUGAUGAGAGCGUGAGCGUUGAGAAUCAUAGAGACAGGCUGCUCCAUCUUAUCAAGAGCCUCGGACCGAAGCUGGUGACGCUGGUGGAGCAAGAAUCCAACACGAACACGUCGCCUUUCCUGUCUAGGUUCAUGGAGACGCUUGAUUACUACACGGCGAUGUUUGAGUCGAUAGAUGCAGCGAGGCCGAGGGAUGAUAAGCAGAGGAUCAGCGCGGAGCAGCACUGUGUGGCGAGGGAUAUAGUGAACAUGAUAGCGUGCGAGGAGAGGGAGAGAGUUGAGAGACACGAGGUGCUUGGGAAGUGGAGGGUGAGAAUGAUGAUGGCCGGGUUCAUGGGAUGGCCUGUUAGCACGUCAGCAGCGUUUGCAGCGAGUGAGAUGCUUAAAGGUUACGACAAGAACUACAAACUAGGAGGGAGUGAAGGAGCGCUGUAUCUAUUUUGGAAGAGGAGACCCAUGGCUACAUGUUCCGCUUGGAAACCAAACCAAAAUCACAUUGUGAACUGAGAGUGGAUGAAAAAGAAAGGAGCACACAUGGCAACACUUGUAGAUUUUUUAGGAUGUGCAAUGAUGUUUUUAAGUAACUUUUAUAUAAGUCAACUAGUUAUAUACUAAAUAUUUGUAUACAAAGCAAACCUGGUGGUGGUUGUUUUUUUUCUCCUGUAAAUUUGCUCUUGUUGUGGGGUUGGUAAUACUAAUGAGAUAUAACCAUUGCAUUAAUU